AUGGACGAAUCGAAGCUCAAGACUACGCCAGCCGACAUCGAACGCGCGCUCGUAGAGUCGCUCGCGGCCGUGUCGACACCCCCGCUCGACAGCGAUGAUGGACAGCCCGACGGCGACGACAGCACGGAGGGACAGGAUGCCUACCACGACGGCGACCUGCCAGAGUUCUCAGACUCGGAGGAAACGGCAGCGGGUCCGUCUGCGAGUUCUGCGACGCCCCGCCUCGUCCCCUCCAAGUCGGCGAAAGGUCCCGCUGGUCGCAAGAAGCUCCCGCUCUCGGCGCUGAAGAACCGCAUACAAGUCGGCUCGUCGUCUAAGAAGAGCGCAGCCGCAUCUGCCCCCGCUUCUGCGACGUCGUCGCAGGCACCUCCCCCUGCCCAGGACAAGGGGAAGGGCAAGGCGUUCAAGCUUUCCGACAAGCAGCUCGAUGCGGUGGCAGAACGGAUCGCGCACGACCACCCGGAACUGCCGAAGAUGUCGCCGGACCAGGUGCAGGAGUUGCUCGCCAUGAUGCAGAUUGACAAGGACGUAAUUAUGGGGAAGAAGGGCUUCAUGGGCAAGGGCGCGAAGGACAUGGCGUCCCACAAGUUCUGGCGGACGCAGCCGGUCAUGCGGCUUGACGCGAAGGAGGACGAGGUGAAGGAGGGUGCGAUUGAGGCGGACAAAAAGCCGGAGGAGGUCAGGCAGGAGCCGAUUGAGCUGCACAAGGACUUCCGAUGGGUCACCGUCAACUUGUCCGACCCGAAGGAGCUCAAGGAGGUCUAUGAGCUCCUGACGAACCACUACGUCGAGGAUCUCGACGCUUCGUUCCGCUUCGACUACUCGCCCGAAUUCAUCGAGUGGGCGCUGAAACCGCCUGGCUACUUCCCCGACUGGCACGUCGGCAUCCGCGUCGCUGAGACGGGCAAGCUCGUCGGCUUCAUCUCGGGCAUUCCACUCGAUUUGCGCAUCCGUAAUGCGACGAAGCGCUGCACGGAGAUUAAUUUCCUCGUCGUCCACAAGAAGCUGCGUUCGAAGCGUCUCGCACCGAUCCUCAUCAAGGAAGUCACCCGCCGCACCCAUCUUCGCGGCAUCUUCCAGGCGAUCUACACAGCCGGCGCCUUCCUCCCCACGCCGGUCACGCGCUGCCAGUACUACCACCGCAACCUCAACCCACCCAAGCUCGUCAAACUCGGUUUCUCGGCCGUCCCGCGUAACUCGACUGUCGCGCGAAUGGCGACUUACUACCGUGUCGGCGGCGAGACGGCGAUUCCAGGACUCAGGGAACUCGAGAAGCGGGACUUGAAGCAGGCGAGCAGGCUGUUGAGGGCUUAUCUGGCGAGGUUCGACAUGGCGCCGAUGCUGAGCAACAAGGACGUCGAGCAUGCGCUGCUAUCUGGGCGGGGCAAGGACGUGAACGGGAAGAGGGAGGGCCAGGUGACCUGGACCUACGUUGUCGAGGACCCGGAGACGCACCGCAUCACCGACCUUUUCUGCUUCUACUCCCUCCCUUCGACCGCUCUCAAGGCUACGCCUCAUACGAACGUCAACGCCGCCUACCUCUUCUACUACGCCACGACCGCCGCGCCUUCUUGCGCCGAUCUCGGCGACGGCAGCGUCGCUGUGCCGGUCAAGAACUGGAAGGAUGAGACGCCGGAGGAGCGUAAGGUUCUCGGAGACAGGCUCAAGGCGCUCAUGAGCGAUGCGCUCGUGGUCAUCUCGAAGAACGGCUUCGACGUGAUGAACGCCCUGACGCUGCAAGACAACAGCCUUUUCCUCGAGGACCUGAAGUUUGGCAAGGGAGACGGUUUCCUGCACUAUUAUCUCUACAACUAUGCCACGAAGCCCAUUCUCGGCGGUGUCGACGUCGCAGACGGCGGGUCUGGCAUGGGCGUCGUCAUGCUCUGA